AUGUCUUUGCCCGGUCAUAAAUCACAAUCCACUUCUCAGUUAAACCUUGUGCACCUUCCUGCUGAGCUUUUUGCGGCAGCGGCGUCGCAUCUGCCUAACCGUGACAUCAAGAACCUCCGGUUGACAUGCAAAAUCCUACGCGAAAGGGCUACUCUUGGCCUUGACAGGGUGUUCUUGUCUGCCAAUCCGCGCAACGUUGAAGUCUUCCACGCGAUUGCAGACCAUGAGACGCUCCGUAAGGGGAUUAUCGAGAUUAUUUGGGACGAUUCACAGCUAGUUCAUAACAUUGAAAGGGAAAACGAUGCAGUCCAUCGGCUAAUGGAGAGCCCCUCGCCGGAAGCGUGUCCCGGAUGGUUUGCACGGGCUUGCCAGCAAAAUAUUGACUACCUGGCAUCCCGCAAGGAGAGUGACGUAGACCGCCCAGACCAUGUUGCAAGGACCGAACAGAUCGGCGCGCAGCUGCCGCUCGACGUGUCGUGGGAUUAUUACCAGCAGCUUCUACUACAGCAGGAAGACGUGCUGGCGUCGGGGGCUGAUAUUUAUGCCCUGAGGUAUGGUUUGGAUCGCUUCCCUUCACUAAGGAGAAUCACCAUUACGCCUGCAGCCCAUGGAUUUCUGUUCACGCCGCUUUACGAGACGCCCAUGAUCCGCGCCUUUCCAUAUGGCUUUAACUACCCCACUCCACGCGGCUGGCCAACCCCAGAUUUCGGAGAGGUGCCAUAUGAAGCGCCUCCACGGGACGACGAGACAGAAAAGAGUAAGUGGCGAGGUUUUUGUAUCGUCACGCGCAAGCUUGAAAAGCAGAACCACCACAUCUCGGAACUCAUCCUCGACGUGAACCAGCUCAACACAGGGCUGAACUGCCACGUCUUUGACCAACCAUGCGAAGAGUAUGACAACCUGGUUGUACUGCUUCGACGACCGGGCUUUCACCGCAUUGACUUUGCCCUCCUUGCCGAUGGGCAAGAGUGGGAGGACUGGUCAUCAUUCCUCAGCGGCUACUUGAAACUUGCGCUGGGUGAGGCGAAGGACCUGCAACAUGUCAGCCUCCGGACCCAGGUAGAUGUCAACCAGUUUUACGAGGCUACGCUAUCAGGGACCAGCGAAUCUACGGAGAAUUUCAUACCACUGCGCACCAUCUUCCCCAUCGACAGGUGGCAGAAGCUACGACACUUUGGGCUUUCUAAUUUUCUUGUGAGACAGGACAACUUGCUCUCGCUGCUCGCUGCAUUACCAACGUCGUUGCGAUCCAUCAAGCUGAGCUUCCUCACGUUCCUAGGCGACGGCGGGAACUACAGAGACCUGCUUGCCGACAUGCGCAACGCUCUGGGUUGGCGCGAUCGACCUGCGAACGAGAGACCGAGGGUCACAAUACUCGUUGGCACGCAAAAUACAGCGUCUACCCGGGCCCUCUGCAUGGAUGGCGAGGUCAACGAAUUCCUCUAG